AAGUCGUGAAAAUAUAAAAGUAAAAAAAAUUCACGGAAUUAAAUUUUUUUUUAACAACAAUGGAAACUUUGGAGAAAUAUUUUAAAGUUACUGCUCAGCAAGAGUAUGAAAAAAAUCCAAAAUUAUCUGUCACAGAUGUAGAAGAGCUUCUAAAGUGGAGUGAUGAAAAUAUAAAUCUAUAUGGAAAAUUGGUUGAUAUUCAGAUUAUUAUGUUUUUGCACGCGUGUAACCAUGAUAAAGAGUAUGCAAAAAAGGUAAUAACCCAGUGCUAUAAUUUAAGGGCUAAGAAGUGCACACCGUUCUUUGCGGCAAGAGAUCCUGCACACCCUUUCAAUCAAAAACAAUUAGAUGUUGUUAACAUAAAUAUAAUUCCUGACGAAGAAAAUCAAUACAGUUAUAUAUGGUCGCAACUGAAAAUCGUGGAUGCUUCACAAUAUUAUCCAACCGUGGCGUCAAAACUAACUUUUAUGGCAAUCGAACUCGAUCAAAUCGAAUAUGGUACAAAGUCGGGGUACAGAAUGGUACUGGAUUCUAAUCAUUUCAGCUUAAGUCACGCAUUACGUUACUCCCUAACAAACGCAAGAAAUUUAAUGUUAUAUGUGCAGGAAGGUACACCUUUUGUGAUCGAUAAAAUUUAUAUUCUCAAUGUUACCUCGGGAACUGAAAGAGUAUACUCAAUGUUGAAACCGUUCAUGAGCGCUUCAUUAAUAAAUAAAAUUAUUAUAAAAUCAGUUUCGAAAACUAGUGAAUUUAUAAAAACAUUGCCACAAACAGUCGUGCCUAAGGACUAUGGUGGCCUUGCGCCGAUUAUGAAGGAAACCAAUGAAAUCUUAAAAAAAAAAUUAUUGGAUAAUCGCGAUUACUUUUUGGAUGAAGAAAAAUUUAGAAAUGGCUGUGUUAAAGAUGAAGUAGAUACAACAGUUGGUGAAGAUGAAAAGGAUAAUAUAAAUUCUUUUAAAAAUUUAAGCAUUGAUUAAACUUAUUUUAAAUAUAUUAUAUAUUUUUCUAACUUAAUUAUUUUAUCUAAACAAUUUAAAUUCAUAGACACCAUAAAAAAUAUUGUU